GCUCGCUUGAAAUAACGCAUCAUUUCUCACUAACCGGUGCACUCAGGUCUCAUGUCUGCAGCGACGCCGGCUGCUUCUACUCCUGAUGUGAUCUCUCCAGCGAACGCGUCUUCUCAGGACGCAUUCCAGCCUGCCACCGGGUUGGAUCGUAUGGUGUUGGAUUACCUUCGAUCCAGAGGCCACCAACGUGCCGAAAAGGCGCUCCAAGAAUCCAUAGAUGCGCCCGAGGACAAAGGAAAGCAGGCUGAACCGUCGACAAUUACCUCGGAAGAGCUUGUCAGGAGACUCACUGUCUUCUCGGAGAAAACAUCACAACCCGGAGAGAAUGCCUUGAAGAAUACUGCGAGCAUUCUUCAAGAAUUAGCUUCCGUUGGCAGUAUGGGCAGCUCAUCAAAUAUUCAAAAUCUCAUUGCCAGCAUUGGUCCCGGCGGAGCGGAAGAAAUAUUGUCGUUAGAUCCGACGGACAAACAAGAGGGAUUCCGAGAGUUGGAAUCAUGGGUGGAUGGAUCUCUGGAUAUGUAUAGGCCCGAAUUUCGACCAAUCCUCUUCCCAAUAUUUUGCCAUUUUUAUCUUGAUCUAGUGCAGUAUGGAUUCAAGGAUGCAGCCCAGGAAUUCUUUGACUCGUUCUCUGCAUCCCUCGAGCUAAUGCAUAGCUCCGUACUAAAUCGUCUGUCGACUUUGCGCCUUCCCUCUCAUGUCCAGAGCGAUGAGCUUGCGCACCGUUUCAGAAAUGUCAAGUACACGGUCCGAAUGAGUCGGUCGGGGUUCGAUUUACUCGUAGGUUGGCUGACUGAGGGUGUUGGAGGUGAGGCUACUGGUGCAGGAGGAGGGUUCUCCGGCGAAAGGGGGAAAAGAGGAAGGGCGGCAGUCAUGCGGGUGGUUAAUAAUCACCUUCGCUUCGAUGUGACAUCUUCUAGCACGACAUCAGUAUCCUCGAAUGCUUGGGAAGAAUCCACGGGCCUCAUGUCAUCAUUGAUACCUCAGCCAGAAGGCUCGACAACACCGCUUUCCAAUCCUCAAGCGUUUAAUGCUUCGAGGGGCGAGCUCAAGCUCGGCCCUGUACCUUUACCCGAUGAACUACGGACCGAGACUGAGAAGAGUUUAAGAGAACAAGCAAUGCUCGAUCGAGAUCCAGCUGCUCAAUAUGACCCUCACCAUGUACGACCAACACCCGUGUCCGGCGUCAUAUCACCUUCUAUUUCCGACCUUCUUCCUCAUCCGGCCACUUUCAAAACUAUGGAUAUACAGCGAGAAGUCGAGAAGGUCAGAGAUGCCAGAAAACGAAUACGUCUGGAACCUUCAGCCCUUUCUUCUGUCGAUUUGAACACACCUCAGGGCGCCACUGCCAAGCAGCGUGGGCUCCCUAGUAUAUGUGCUUAUACUUUGCAUGAUAUUGCUGAAGGGUCUCCAUGUUGUAUUUUUUCUCCAGAUACUUCUCUCAUGGCGGCAGGCUUUGAGGAAAGCUAUAUUAGACUAUGGAGCCUCAAAGGGGAAUCACUCAACAGCAUGAAGAUUGCGUCUCUGAAGAAAGCUCGAGAGAAGGGCGGACCAUCUACACGAAAACUCAUAGGACACAGUGGACCGGUUUACUCUCUAUCAUUCGACCCCAUGAGUGGGUCUGCCGCUCCUCCGAAAUACCUUUUAUCCGGCUCUGCAGAUGGCACCGCACGGUUAUGGUCUUUAGAUACCAUGACGAACGUUGUAGCAUACCGGGGACAUCAAAAUCCCAUCUGGGACGUCGACUGGAGUCCCAUGGGUAUAUACUUUGCUACAGCUAGUCGAGAUCGUACUGCACGCCUUUGGUCAACAGACCGAACGUCGACUUUGCGUAUCUACGCAGGCCAUCUCAGCGACGUGGAUUGUGUCAGGUUUCAUCCAAAUUCAUUGUACCUUGGAACGGCAUCUAGUGACUGGACGGCACGACUUUGGGAUGUUCAAAAAGGCUCAUGUAUUAGAGUAUUUAUCGGACACCAGGGUAUGGUGUCGACAAUGGCUUUUAGUCCGGAUGGUCGCUAUCUUGCUACUGCGGGGGAGGACCUGGCCAUCAACCUAUGGGACCUUGGCUCUGGUCGUCGAGUCAAAAAGAUGACUGGACAUACAUCUUCGAUAUAUUCUCUUGCUUUCAGUGCGGAGUCAUCUUUGUUGGUCAGCGGUGGAGCAGACUGGACAGUGAGGUGUUGGGACGUCAAGGCACCAGGCGGGCUUCCCGAGAAACCCAGAGAAAACGGAAUGGUCAAUGGUAACGGUGCAUCAAACUCGACGGGUAAUGCAAAAGACUACACUGACAGCGGAGUCGAGACCACGGAUCUCCUUACUACAUUCCCGACAAAGCGUACCCCCAUUGUCAACGUCCAUUUCACUCCACGAAACCUGUGCCUUGUAGCCGGACCAUAUCUUUCACCUGAACGAUAGGUCAUUUUCUUUGUUUUUGCUCUUUCACUUCCGCUCUCGCUCCGUCUUCAGGUCGUAUCAUUCAUAAUCGCAUUGUAACAAGAUUAACACAUACAAAAGAAACAUUAAUCGGAAUGUGUCUGCCUCCACGCUUCCCACACCCGAUCUGCUUCCUCGUCCGAUAGUUCCCAUGCAAUUCCGCAGGUGACCUUGAAAGUAUUCUCGUAGCCCAUGCGAUCGAACAUCUUGACCAACUUCUCCAUCUUUAAUAAGUAUCUAUUGAUUUCC